AUGUCGUCGUCUCAGACAUUGAGUUCCAUUUUGGAGGACAAUCAUGCCUCUCAUGAAGAACUCAGCCGUGAGCUCCGCAGACUAUCAAGUUCGAUUUCCGGAAGGAUCACUCAACGCGAUGUCUCGAUCAUUGAAGUUUCGAUGAACGACAUCGCACAGAUAGUAGAUAUCAUCGUCGAGGAGCGAGACUCUGAUCUUCUGUAUGAGUUGCUCGCUCUAGUGCGGAACAUCGUCCCGUUCAUGCAAGAUCUGAGAAAUGAUCUGAACCAUUCGCCGCUGAACGAAACAUUGGCGCAAACGGUUUUUGCGAAACCACUGAUCGGCUCGCUUGACGAGCUACCGGUCGCUUGCUAUCUUCGCUUGCUGCAGUACUUCGCAAAUUCCAUGGCGAGUGACCGAAAUACGUCUCGGAGUCUCUAUCCUAUUCUGCUGCCGAGCGAGGGAGAACCACUGUUGCAGGUUCUACGGUGUCCGCAUGAAAAGCUCGUUUCACUCGCUGUCAUCGUUCUUUGUCACCUCCUCGAGAACGAUAUGAAUUGCUCAGAUUUCGUCAAGCGAGAUGACUUCGUCGAGUUUACUCGGAUUUUGGUUCGGAGAACUCUCGAUAAUUCCGAUAGGGAUGCGCUUUCCCUCCUCAAGAAGUUUGUCAUGAGUCCGAUGUUCUUCAGCGCACACUUCGACGGACUAGACGUCUCGACACAGUGUUUUCUAAUGGAUCUGAUAUCAGAAGAGCUGACAGAAAUUGAUCCGGAGUCCGAAGUUCCGACACUGCCGAGAGAAUCCUUGGAGUUUUGCAUCGAAAGAGUGAAGAAUCAUAUCGGAAGCAUGAGGAAGACUUCUGAUCAUCGGGAUCCCCCGGCGAUGGAAAUCCUCUUCGUAAAGCUCAUCACCAUUCUGUCGCUGUCAUCUCUGCGAGACCCGCAAGGAGUCGUCACGAAGGACCUCGAGCUCCUGAUCAUGACCAUUGAGUGUCUCCGGAGUGUGCACGCUCUCAGAGAAGAUAGUACGACAGAUUUAGAUCGAAGAUCGGACUUCGGAUCGUUGGCCGGGAACAAGGAAGAUAUAUUCGACCAUCCCUACUUCGGCCUAAAGAGGGAUCUGGUUCGAUUGAUCGGCAAUAUGUGUUACAAGGAUAAGCGAAACCAAGAUACAGUCAGAGAUUUCAACGGGAUCGAACUCCUGUGCGACAUGAGCUGCCUGGACGCGAGGAAUCCUUUCAUCACUCAAUGGAUCGUUCUAGCGUUAAGGAACUUGGUCGAGGGUAAUGAGGAAAACAAGCACAUAAUCGCAUCUCUGACAAAGAAACCUGAAGUUUGAUGCUCUCCGACUCAGAGAGACCCCUUUGUGAUCACGUGAUGACGUCGUCCUCGAGCUGUCUGCAUAUCUGUUACUGUACAUAUAGCCG